AGUUAGCUUAUAUUAUAAGUUCAAAAACUUGAGGUUAUUAAUCAAUGCUUAAAUUUUCUCUUGAAUUUCCCUUUAAAGCAAUCUAUACAAUAUUGCUUUAUAUAAACCUGCCUCUUCCAUUUCUCUCACUUUUCUUAAUCCUGCCCUUUUAUUUUCUGCUCAUCAAUUUUCUUUUAUUCCAAACAACUUAAUUAUUAUUCUCUCUUGCAUUCCUUAAUUUUAAGUGAUAUUUUAAGAGUCUACUAUAAAUGGGUAAGAUGAGGAGAAUAAUUUUGCGAACAAAAAAGGCCUUUUCUUGCAAUGUUUCAACAUCGACUGAACUUCAUGUCCCUUUUAACGUGGAUGUUAGAGAGGAAUAUGCAAAUGCCUUUAGAACUGAAUCAUAUAACGAGUUUUGGGCUCGUGUAUUGGCACUAUCACAUAAUGAUUCACUCUCAAAAAAAUCUUUGGGAUCAACCUCGACAACACGAUUGCUUUCUUAUAGGAUUUUUGUUGAUCAUCUCUUAGACCCUGAUCAACCUACCGUGACAAAAUUGUUAUCCUUAACCAAAAACCGGCCCAAAAUCAUGUCUCUUCUUACUAACUAUUUUGAGCAUACUGCUAACGCAUCUUUUUUAUGUGGUCAAUUACUAAAAGAUACUGACAAGUUACGUGUUAAGUAUCGUUCCCUUAAGAAAACCCUAGAAUCAUUUGAUUUUCCUCAAUUUUCAUCAUCAUCCACUAACCAUUUACCUAUAAUUUUAACACGACUAACCGAAAUCACUAAAUCUAUUAACCCAUUUGUAAAUUCUUCUUCUUCAUUAGCUCGAUUUCAAGCCGUGAAAUCUAACUGUUCCGAGCUACUCAAACGGCUUGAGUCUCGACGUGAUAGGGUUAAAGCCAAGCUACAUGUACUAAAUAGCUUUAAAGUCAGCUCGGCUGUUUUUCUUGUAGCCCUAACAACUUCAAUUACUAUAAUUGUUAUAACUCAUUUUGUAGCCAUGUCUAUGGCUGUUCCGGGCCUUAUAAUUGCUUUUAGAGGCUCGACUUCAACAAAACAACUAGCUAAGACAUCGGCUCAGCUUGAUGCGGCUGCCAAAGGAACGUACAUAUUGAAUAGGGAUUUGGAUACAAUUAGUCGGCUUGUGGCUCGGCUUGAUGAUGAGCUAGAGCAUAUUCGAGCCAUGGUCGAGUUUUGGAUGGAUCGAGUUGAUGAUCACCUACACGCUCAAGCCGGUGAAGAAGUGGCGCGCCAACUUAAGAGGAAUGACGCAAAGUUUAUGGAUCAAUUAGAUGAACUUGAAGAGCACCUAUAUCUUUGUUUUAUGACCAUUAAUAGGGCUAGGAACUUAGUGGUAAAAGAAAUAUUAGACUUGCAUCAUCCAAGAUGACACAAACAAAUCUUUUGUUACAUGUAUUGUUAUUAAAAUCCUGAUUUAAAUCUUAAAA